GAUAGUUUUUCUGUCUUAUCGACGGAGCGUCUGGGGAAAGAUCGAGGACCGGUCUUGUCAAUAUAGAACCACGGAAAUCCACAAGUCCCACUAUAUUCGUGCCAGUUUGGCUACCUGAUAUCGUGUUGGGAUUUCACGUAGUCGAUCGCCACAUCCGCCAUUAUCAUGACGUCUGCUUAUAUGCAUGCAGUCUUCUUUACCCCAACUUUACAUCCCAGGGAUGACCAACACUCCAAUCUCUAUCUUCCAAUGCUGGAGGUGAUGUCAUGGGUUGUCUUAGGAUUAGUAAUUGCGUCCAUAAUCUUGGGUGUGACAUCCGUGCAAAUGGUACGGUAUUAUAGGAAAUUUCCGAACGAUGCGCCACUGUAUCGGUCAAGCGUUGCUGUUUUAUGCACACUUCAAGUUGGGCAUAUAAUCAUCGCGGCAAUGCAAGUGCAUCAUUCUCUUGUCGACGAGUAUGGGGAUUCGAGUAUGAUGAGUACGCCUGAAUGUGACUGGCUUGGUCAAGUGAACUUCGCGAGAUGUAUCACCCAACUGAGCGCAACAUUCGUGGUUCCGUGUCUCGUGAUAUUGUUGGUAGCAGUGCAAUCCGCGUUUGGCAUUGCUGCCAUACAGGUCAACUUCCGAAACCUUGACGAUCUCCAACUUCAUUCGUGGAUCUUUAUCUCAUGGUCUACUGCAACAACUCUAACCGAGGUUGUAUCGGCUUUUGCUUUGCUUCUGUUGCUCUCCAAGCGAUGGACUGGUGUGAAGAGUACGGAUAAGGCUUUGAAUAAGUUGAUUUGUCUGGCGGCUGGGAAUGGUGCUAUUACUGCUGUGCACAUGUGGUUUGCUGGCGAACCUGCACGGCAGGUCCUGCUUGAGCAGGACACAUGAUGAAUCUCCUAUUUUAAUACCCACCCAGGAUUCCAAACGUAUACGAUCAGAUCACCAGCAGCGCACU